CGGGGAGGCGGCAGUCGAGCGGCGCCGCGACUCACUCGCGCCGAGAGCGCUGGGUCGGGGCGGCUGCGCGCGUGGCGGGUCUCCGGUCGGUGACGCGGGAUCUCGCCGGGCCAUGGCAGCACCUCCUGCCAAAGGAAAGAAAGAACCGUCAGAAGAAGGUGUCCCCCUGGAGCUCCCUGUGUCCCCCAAGCCCGAUGGUGAGCAGGGUAGGAGCCAGAGCCCCAGCCAGCCAGAGGAGGACUCCCCUGAGGCAGGCGGGGAGCGGGAGGAGGAACAGGCCUUCCUGGUCAGCCUCUACAAGUUCAUGAAGGAGCGACACACGCCUAUCGAGAGGGUGCCCCAUCUUGGCUUCAAGCAGAUUAACCUGUGGAAGAUCUACAAGGCAGUGGAGAAGCUGGGGGCCUAUGAGCUGGUGACAGGCCGCCGCCUCUGGAAGAACGUGUAUGACGAGCUUGGGGGCAGCCCAGGCAGCACCAGCGCCGCCACGUGCACGCGCCGCCACUACGAGAGGCUGGUCCUCCCAUAUGUGCGGCACCUGAAGGGGGAGGAUGACAAACCGCUGCCCCCCGCCAAGCCCAGGAAGCAGUACAAGAUGGCCAAGGAGCUGAGGGGGGACGAUGGGACCACUGAGAAGCCGAAGAAGGCCAGGGACUCAGAGGAGAGGCAAGUGGACCAGACCAUGCCAGGAAAGACCAAAUCAGACGCCACUGGCCAGACACAGCUUCCCAGCCAGGGACCCUCAAGGGAUAGCACAGAACAGCUGGGCCCGGCAUCUGGGCCCUCUCUUCCAUUCCCAGGUCCUAGUGGCUGCCCUGAGGCCUACAAGCGGCUCUUGUCCAACUUUUACUGCAAAGGGGCGCAUGGCAUCAUGUCACCACUGGCCAAAAAGAAGCUCCUGGCUCAGGUCAGCAAGGCAGAGGCCUUGCAGUGCCAAGAAGAGGGCUGUCGCCACGGAGCAAGAAGCCCCGACAAGGACCUUCAAGAAAGCCCCCAGAACCUAAGAGGGCCCCCUGCUGAGAAUUCUGAACACCAGCUAACCCCCCAGGAAGGAUUGCAGGCCCCCGGUGGCGGUGCCAGGGUGGAGGCACAGGUUGGCCCCUGCCCUGCAGCCCCUACUUUCUCAGGCUGUUUUCAUGCAUACCCCACCGAGGUGCUGAAGCCUGUCAGCCAGCACCCCAGAGACUUCUUCUCCAACCUUAAAGACAGGGUGCCGCUGGGACCGCCUGGUAAAGAGGAAGGACCGCCAACCAAAGAGCCCCAGCUGGUGUGGGGCGGGGAUGUCAACCGCCCCUCUGCAUUCCAUAAAGGCAGCCUCAGGAAGAGAAGUUUCUACCCCAAGCCCAAGGCCUGCUGGGUAUCCCCCAUGGCCAAGGUUCCCGCUGAGAGCCCUGGAGCCCCACCCCCCAUUCCCAGUAACCCAGGCCUUGGUAAUAAGCGCAGCUUGGAAGAAGAGGCAUUUGCUCUUGGUGGCAAGAAACUAAGGGCAGUGUCUCCAUAUCUGAAGGAGGUGGACGCCAAGGGGUGCGGGGUCAAGCCUGCAGCACCUGGCUUGGCUGUCUCCUGCCUACUGGGCCCAGCCCUGGGGCCCACUCCUCCAGAGGCCUACAGGGGUACCAUGCUGAGGUGUCCCCUGAACUUCACCAGCAGCCCAGACCCUCUGAAGGGCCAGGCUACACUCCCAUUCAGCCCCCUGGUCAUCCCAGCAUUCCCAGCCCAUCUCCUGGCUACAACGGGCCCCUCCUCACCCAUGGCUACCAGCCUGAUGCACUUCCCUUCCACAUCCUAUGACACUGUCCUCCACAACAGACUGGGUCCAGCUCCAUCCGCCUGGCACGUGCCGCCCGUCACCACCUAUGCGGCACCCCAUUUCUUCCACCUCAACACCAAGCUGUAGCUUCGAGCCUGUUCUGCUGUGCAGUGGAGGAUAUGAUGGGGCUCAAAUGGGCACUGCUGCCAGGGAACUCAGGCCAGAGCAGACUGCCUAGAAGUCCCAGGCCAGUUAGCCUCCCUGGCACAGACCGGGGGAGGCAGGGGCCUUGUCUGAGUGAAGCAGCCUGAGCCCAAAGCCCAGGGACCAAGCUGUGGUAAGAUCAUGAAAGUACCCGAGUUGGGAGGCCAAGAAGACCAAGAGGCUGAGGAGCUAGAUGGCAGCUCAAGGCAUCCAGGGCAGCUGUGAAAGGUCCAAUAAAAAGACACUGGUGUGAUUGCCCUCGGCCCUGACGUGUGCAGCAUUGGACUUUGGCAAGGAGAGGUGCGAGCUCGUGCAUGUGGUCACCAGUGUAGAAGCAAAGAUGAAAUGGCGCAGUUCUGGUCUGGAUGCUGCCACCCCACUGGAGGGGCCCCGCUCAGGGCCAAACGCAGCCUCUUCUGCAUGGAUAAGCAGCCAUGCUUUCUUUCGUUCCAGCCCCAGGGCACCUGCCUGAGGCUGUCGUGGUGCAAAGCCUAGAGCACACUGGUGACUUGUGAGACACAAGGGAAGGGCUGUGCAAUUCCAACCCUCUGAGCCAAGCCACAGGCCCAGCCUCAGGGCACACACACGACUUGCACCUUUCAGCCCGAGAAGGAUUUUGCUUGCUCUGAGAGGUUUUUGCUAUGUUGCUCAGGUUCGUUUCAGAGUCCUGGCCUCAAAUCCUUCUGUGGCUUCUCAGUAGCUAGAACUACAGGUGUGGACCUCUGUACCUGUGGAGAGGUGGCCCUGGGGGCUCUCACACAAAGCCAAAGCCAAUCUGUCCUGGUAGUGGGCAGGCUAGUGAGCCCUGCUGCUUCAUGCUGCCAGGGACCUGCCACACCCAUUUUCCUGCUCAACACAUUGGAUUUGGGUAACCAGGGAAGGCGGUUGCCUGCGGAGGGGAGUUGAAGUACAGGUGCCCCCCAGGACCAGGUAGCCAGAGGGUGGGCAGUCCCAUUGACGCACUCAAGCAUCUUUCAACUCUGUACCUUCCUUCUGGAGACACCACGACGCCAGCCUGAGUAAGGAACAGCCCUGAGCUGGCUGCCCCACUGCACCCACGUGCUAUCCCAUCCAGCCCAGCGAGGAGGGACUCUAGGCUAGCAAAAGCCUUGGGUGCUGUGCUGCAGGCUGUGAGGCCAGAUCCCAGGAUAGAUGGAGGCUGGCUUUGUGUGUGGAGGGAUCCCCUUCAUCUCCAAAGUCACGCUCCUCUCAGCCUGCUCAAGGGUGGUGUGUGGCAGACAGCCUGACUCAGGCAUAGUCCGUCCCAGGCUGCAGGAGUCGGGCCCUCUGGAGGCACACAUCCUGUCGGGUAGCAGGGUGGAUGGAUUUCUGGGCUGGAUCUGCUACUUCUGCUUAAGCAAAGACACAAGAAAUGAAUGGAAGCCAGGCUUCCUGGAAAACCUUGGAAUGGGCGCCCACGUACUAGCCUCACGCUGCUCUCCUGCCUACUGUGGAUGAGAACGAGCUCAGAGUAGACUGCAGACACUGAUGGCGGCUGAUUGUGGGGGAGGCAUGCUGCACACAUCUUCCCAUGUUCAUUCCUGUCCCUGCCCUAGAGGACCCAGCAGAGCUCUCGGAGUCUGUGUGCAGGGUCUGCUUCCAAAUCAUAUGUGAUAUUUGAGUUGCUAAUGGUGGGGCGGGGGGCAGAGGCCACCCUGGAAUUUGUGCUAACCCCACCCCUGCCCAUGGUCCCAACUUAUCUCCCUGGUAACAGCUUAAGUGUGAUGAGUUAGCUCUGGGGGGGUUACGGCACGUUGCCCUGUGACUGUCUUCAGUGCCAUUGGAGUGUAUCAAAUGUGUAUCUCCCACACGGGGCAGGUGAACCACCACGGUUGUUUGUUUUUACAAGACAGGGUUUCUCUGUGUAGCCCUGGCCGUCCUGGACCUCAGUCUGUAGAGCAGGCUGGUCUUGAGCUCACAGAGAUCCCCCUGCCUCUGCCUCCCGAGUUCCGGGAUUAGAAGCGUCACCACCUGGCCCCCACCAUGGUUGUAAACAGAAUGGCCGGCAGUGUUCUUUUGAAGGCCUUGAGAACGGCUAGAGGAGGCGAUGGAGAAGCACAGCAGAAAGUCCCCAGGGCACUGGCAAGAGAGUGGGGUCCAAGAACCAGGGGCAGGUUGGGUUAGAACAGAGGAAGCCAGAGGUGACUCAGGCUGCAUUUGGAGCCUUCUAGUCCAGGGGGCAGUUGGGCUUUUAUGUGAAAUAAAAGGUGGAAGGGUGUCCUGGCUCCCAGGCUUUGCUUUACGGUGCUGGGGAUAGAUACAGGGCACUGUGCAUGGUCAGCAAGCACUGACCACUGACUGCACCCCAGCCCUGGCCUCUGGCAGAUGGCGGGUUGGGUGCUCUGGAGUGGAUCAGGGAGCGUAUCGUUGGAGAUGGAAGAGACCGCCUCUGGACCCAGGUCUGAGGGUGCCAUGGAUAUCCUCUGACCAGUGUUGCUGUUUAUCCCGUGAGCAAAGUGUGGGGCUGGGCUUGGAGAGGGGCACUAACGAGUGAUAUCACACUAGAGCGAGCUGUCCGAGGGCACAGCUAAGGCAUCCGAAAAGCUCAGGUUUCCACUUGAGCUUAGUGGAGUAUCCCCACACCUAGGAGGCCAGCUGGACACGGUCUUAAAGCAAGGGACAGCUAAACCCCACUCCAGGAGGCACUGAGGUGGCUGUAGAAGAGGACCAGUGAGUGAAGUGGGGGUGGGGCCUGGGAACAGGGGGUAAGACCUCCAGACCUGAGGUCCUGGUGAGCAGUGGGCACUUGAGGUGGACUGGGACAAUGAGAGGCUGGGCUGACAUCAGCAGUUACUGGUUGCCGUUAUGAAGGAGCAAGGAGCUGUGGAAGGAGCUCAGGCACGGGGAACUUUGAAACGAAAUAUAAGGGCAGCGGGUAUCUGGGGGGGCACAGCAGCCAGGAUGAGGUACACAGGAAGGAAGAAGGCGGGGCCUCAGCAAAAACAGUACAGGAGGCAGCACGCAAAGGUUAGUUCCCACACGAAGAUGCUGGCCAGAGCCUCAGGCUGGCAGAACAGACAUUAGAGAAGGCCAGAGAGAGGCACACACGUGACUUUAAAAGGGAUUUAAAUCAAGAGACUGCCUGACAUGUUUAGGUGUGUUUGCUUGUUUUCCAGUGUGCUGGAGAGAACCCAGAGCCUUGGGUUUGUCAGGCAAGUGCCCUCCCACUGAGCUACAUCAGUAGCCCUUAGGCAUUAAUAAAUAAACAAACAAAUAUU